CCAUGUGUUGUAGCUGUUUGAAAAUAUGUUCCUUUUAUGUAUGCGUGCGAAGCUGGUCUGGAAUCACUUGAGUCACAUACCUACCACUCCCGAUACCCCUUCCUCUUUGUUUCAUACGAUUUCUUCCGCGUUUCGUUGUUCGCCGUCUGUUUCUUCGGUUCGUCCGUUUAGUCGCUUUCCAACAGCGCCGCAGCGCCGCAGUCUCGCAGUCCCGCGUUCGAUCAAUGCUGAUAACAUUCUACCCGGAAAGAAUAUAAUAAACGAAUUGCAAUUCGAAUAACAAAUUUAAAGGAAACCGGCGGACGUAAAUCAAUUCAAUCGAACGAGUUCAUUCGUACUUACAAUUCGCGCUUAAAACUGCGAACAGAUCGAUUUGUGAAACAAAAAUUCUUAUUUUGUGAAGUGAAUAAAAGUGUCUCGUUGUUCUUCGACCUCUAGUCGACCUCUUUUUCGGCGAUUGAACACAGAUUUCCAUGAUAAUGCCACUCGGCGUAUAAUUGUCGCCUACAUCAAAACUCGUGCCAAGAGUUGCAUCCAUUAAAAGCGAAUGGAGUCGAAGCGACGUCAACGGUAGCUGCGCAUGCUUGGCCGCUAUCAUCACCUACACAGAGGGAAUCAGUGUUAUAUUACAAUUGCUGUUAGUAGUUGGCCAGCAUUGUGCGUCUGGGUUUUCGUUGCGGUGCAUCGUGUGACAGAAUUCAGUGAAAUACUGCGAAUCGAGAUCGACCCUGGACAGAUAAAAAGGCAAUAAACUAGUCGGCCCCUCGCGGAGAAACUAGUUAUCAAACAUGACGAAUGUCAGCGUGAUAGCUUCGCAUCGUGAACGAAGUAUCGUGCCACAAUUCAAGACGAGUGAAUCCUCCAACGAUAUCGACAAUGUUAUCGAGACUAUUGAACGUCUUCGUCUAGCGAAUCGUCAGGAAUCGAGUAAUCAGCCCGCCGUGAAAGCGAGCAAAACGAAAGCGCACAAAUAUCUUGAACAGAUCGACGAGUCUAGAACAAAGCUGAACAUAGACGAUUAUGACUACAAACGCGAUUCAGCGAGCUCGGUCAAAGGCAAGACCGCAAUUCUCGACCGCAAACGUGAUUGUAAUAUACGCGGUGACGAUCGAAAGGGUGCGAUAGAUUACGAACGCGUCCAGAAACACGAUGAUGAUUCCGAUUCUAGCGAUGACGCUCUCAUCGAACGAGGCCCGACGAAAUCGCAAAACCUUAAACAUGUUCGGAGCAAACCUUACCAAGAUAAGGUCGAACAGCAGUUGGACCCGUUUCUGAUUAGAGUCACAGAGGAAAUUCUGCGCGACAAGGAUUGCCGAGAAAAAUUGGAGCCUCUCCUUCAAAAGCUGGAAAGGACAAACGGUUACUGGAACGGCAAUCAAAACGACUCUCAACCGUACGACGCGAAUAGAGACGCCACUGUGACGGCGAUAGAAAACGAUUUCACAAACGAGUCAUCGAUAUUAGAGGAUGUGUUGAAUAGUACUUUUCAAGUAGCUCAACGUGUGACGGAGAAUAAUUUUAUUAGCUUGCAGAAAACGAUAGAACACAGCGAUUGUUUUCUUCAGAACAGUAGCAAUAUUGCUUCUGGAUCUGAGAGCCUUAGUUCGAGUCCUGUUCUAUCGCCGGUUUUGAGGAUUCCUACCAACUCCCCAAAAACCUUCACGUCGAAUAUCAACCAAAAUUUCGGUUUUUCCUCCGAGGUAAAACUUCAUUUUUUUAGUACCAUUAAUUUUCUUGAUAUAACUACGAACAAAUACAGAGUGUUCCAAAAUUAUAACAGAAUGCUGAUGUGCCUCGUUGGCAAUCCAGACGAGCUCUACCACAAAUUAGCUUAUCUGAUACCGUUCGUAGAUCGUUUGAGCACGAUUCCAAAGGCCUUAGAGAUCGUUAACAAUCACGACGAGGAUGCGCUCUACCUGGCCGCGCUCAAUUGCCCACAGUUACCAUUCGUCGCUGGCUACUUAGCAGCUACGAUGAUAGAAAAAGGGAUCGAUGUCAGUCAGCGGUUGUACCGCAGACGGGGCGACACGCUGAUACAUUCGAUCGCGGCGCAGGGAGAUUCUCACAAGGAAAUCUUAGCAGAACUGCUGGCGUUAACCACGGUCCAAGGGAACUGUGUGUUCGAUUUGACAAAACAAAACUACGAUGGAAAGACGGCACUUCACGUUGCGAUCGAAUCGCACAACCCGGUAACGAAAGGAGUCACGUCAGUGGAGGUCGUGAGACUGCUUUUAAAGUACGGAGCUGAUCCCACUAUCAACGAGACAAAAUCCGGAGACAAUGCUUUACAUAAGGCUGUCUCUUUAGGCUGUGAUCCUACCAUUGUUAAGUUAUUACUGGACGCUUGUACCGUGAGUUUGGUGAACGCGACCAAUUACUGUCUCAAUACACCGCUGCAUGUAGCGACAUCUAAUUCGAACGUACCUUUGGAGAAACAAAUGGAAGUCUGCAGCCUUUUGAUUCACGCUGGAUCUCAAACAAAUCUACAGAAUCGCCAAGGGAAGACUCCAUUAGCUCUCGCUUCUUCAGAAAGGAAGGAAGCUAUUAGAACAGUCUUUCACAGGAGAUCAUGAAGAAAAUAUCGCAUGUGUGUGUGUCUGUGUGAGAACGUGUGCAUUUCAUUUUAAUCUAGUAAUAAGAAGAUAUAAUUUGGAGAAACAUCGAGAUCGAUCAAAAACUACCUCAUGUUAUUCAUCGUCACAUUUUGUUCUACAGUAAAACCGCUUAAAUACGAAAACUGAACUUUCGAUCGUAACAAUGCGGAGCCACGGUCUUAUCUCAGGAAGAGCAACUGAUAAAAAUAGCCAGAAAAAGUUAUAUUAAUCCAAUUAAUACUAAUUCAACAAUAAAUCUAUAUAAAAAAUAGUUCAGGGUAUCUCGGGAAGAGUGUCAGGGUAAUUCUAGAGGCGUUUCUGUAUAACUGACCAAUGAAAGCACGCGUAGCUACGGCCGAGCGUCUCGAGCCCUGGCUGCCUCCAGAGAUCUCAGAAUUUAUCCCGCACGGCUCGCUUCCCCUCUUUUUCGCCCGUAUUUCGAUCCCCACUAUUAUUCUCCUCAUGCACCUUCGUGAAGCGAACCCAUCAAGUACCAGUCCCCACCAUGGUCGCAUCGUCCCCACUUUCCGGCCGAGGGAUAAAUUCUGAGAUCCCUGG